AUGUGUGAGCUGUGCAUCUGGUCUGGUGGCACCUCCGGCCGGCUGGUGGCCCUUGCAGCCAGGGGCCACCCUUGCAGUUACCUGCAGAGGGCGCCACCUAGUGGCUCACCCCCUGAAGGUCCUGGGCUGUGUCGGGGCCGGCAGCCACAGGUGGUGCUGCUAACGGGACUCACAACCACCUUACCAGUCUUCAGAGGCUACUCUUCCCAAUCCGAAGAAAUUAUAGAACCCUCUGAAGACUCAUUUGAGACGAUGAUGGAGCGUAAGAAUCCAUCAUCAAAACAAAUGGAGUCCUCCGAGGGCUCAUCCAACACCACCGUGGAGAUGUCCAGCAGCCAAGUGCAGGAAGCGAUGGGGCCGGCCAGUGGAGCGGCCCAGGAAGUAAGGGAGCUAGCCAGCGGCCCCCUCCAGGAAUCGGCAGCGUUGCCCACUGAUCUCCUCCAAGCCAUGGAGGAGCCAUCCAGUGGCCCACGUCAGGAAAUAGAGGAUCCACCCAAUGACCUACUCCAAGACAUGGAGGAGUCACACAACGGUUCUCGCCAGGAAGAGGGGGGUCCAAGCAGCGAAGGCGCUGGUAAAAUGGAGAAAAAGUCUGUCAACCCACGUGAAGUCCCCAAGAAGCAAGGAAGCGACACUGACCUGUCCGAUUCGAGUGAAGACGAGGACAGCGGAGAGCGGAUGAGGCGCAAUGUCCUCCAGGAGCAGGAGCUGGUCACCGUGCGCUGCGUCACGUCUCUGUACUACCGGAUCCAAGAUCUGAGAGAAGAGCAGAGGCUGGAGGAGCAGCUCCUGCUGCAGGGCAUCUGCACCGGCCGGCUGCCCGUGCCGGUGCCCUUCGGGGGCGACCGCAGGCAGUACCGCGAGUUCCUGGUGCUCUGUCAGCUCAUCGUGGAGCACUACCCGCGCAUUUUUGCCAACGACAGCCUGCGCGUCGGCUACAUCAUCACCCACCUAUCCGGCAUGGCCCUGGAGUGGGCCAAGACGCUCCUGCAGGCCAACAGUCCGCUGCUCCGCAACCUGUCAAGCUUCCUGGGGGCCAUGUCCAAAAUGUUCGAGUACCGCCAGGUGCUGCGAAUGGCCGAAGAGGCCAUGCUGACCAUCAGGCAGAGGAACCGUCCGCUCUCGGUCUACAUCACUGAGUUCCAGGGCCUGGUGUCCAUCCUGCGCUGGCCAGAUGAGGUUCUGCAGGCCCACCUGUGCCAAGGCCUCAACGAGGAGAUCAGGCACUACCUGUUCCGCAUCCCGCAGCCCGACUCUCUGGAGAGCCUCAUCGUACUCGUCCUGCAGAUAGAGGAGAAGCUGGCCGAGAGGAGGGCCGUGCUCAGGCUGCCGCCAGAGUCCCGUCCACGCAACCUGACCUGGAUCGACUCACCUGCGCCGGAGAGGUGGAUGGUGAGCAGCUGGCUGCCCCGCGAGGUGCACCCGGCCAUCGAGCGGGCCCAUCUCUUCCUGCUGCUCCUGGUGCGCGUGAGCCCCUACCACAGCGUAGCCGUCCGGGCCCUGCUUGACUCCGGCGCCAGCGCCAACUUCAUGGAUGAGAAGUUUGCCCAGGAGCACUACGUGGAGCUGCACGAGAAGCCGUACCCGCAGCACAUCCGCAGCGCCGACGGCUCGCUGGUGGGCGGCGAGCCCGUGUGGCUCUACACCGAGCCCCUGCUGUGCAUCCAUCAGAACCACCACGAGUACCUGGAGUUCGACAUCCUGCCCUCGCCCAGCUUCUCCGUGGUGCUGGGCAUCACCUGGCUCCGGAAGCACGCCCCCGAGGUGGACUGGGCCCGCGGCCGCUGCUCCUUCCACUCGCCCUACUGUCUGCUCAACUGCUUCCGCCCGCCCCCGCCAUGCAUCGCACUCGACAGGCAGGGCCUCAGCCUGCUCCCUGGCCUGCCGCCCCCGUACUCCGACCUGGCCGACGUGUUUAACCCGAGAGAAGCAGAUGAUGAGACUUCCGACCAGCCAAGCUCAGACGGAUCCGAUGAUCUUUCUGAAUCAGAGCCCUCUGAGCUUCAGCAGGCUGGAGACAGUGACCACGAUGAGAUCGGUGACGAGCGUCCCUCCACCGCGCCGCCGUGGGAACCUAUGUGGACUGGGGUGCAAGGCAGCGCCAGGCCGCACAGCGCACAGAGGGACGCGCGAGGCAUGCGGAGCGACACACAAGACCACAUACAGAUGAUUCCAGAACUCUUUGACCAGUUACACGGAGCGACAUGGUUCACAAAGCUGGUGCUGCGUGGGACCAUCGUGGAGAGGAUGGAGGAACACCAGACAGAGGCGAUGUGGAGGGUGGCAUUCGGACUGGAGGGCCAGGAGAGGGCACGCUUCUGCCCUUUCCGGAUCUCCGCUAACCCUGUCCUUCCCCAGAGCAUGAUCCAGUUUGUCCUCAAGGACAUACUAGGCUACUUCGUGCUCUCCUACGGCAAUGAGGUCGUGAUCUAUUCCAUGAGCCGCCAGGAGCACCCUGAGCAUGUCCGCCAAGUGCUUGUGCGCUUCCGGCGCUUCUGCAUCUACUGCUCCCUGGACCAGAGUCAGUUCCACCGCAACACCGUGGAAUUCCUAGGCUUCGUCAUCAGCCCCAAAGGGGUGAAGCUCCACAAGAAUGUGGUCGCCACUGUGGCCGGGUACCCCACCCCUCGCUCCCAGCGGUCCCUGGGACAGCUGAUGGAGUUCAUCUUCCCCUACCGCCACUUCGUGGAGCGCUUCACCGCCCUCACCGAGCCCCUCCAGCGGCUGCUGCGCCCCAGGCGCGCCUUCUCCUGGGCCGAGGAGCAGCAGGAGGCCUUCGAGCGCCUGAAGAGGGCCUUCCGGAAGGCGCCCCGGCUCCACCACCCAAAGCCCCAGAACCCCUUCUUCUUGGAGACGGGGAUCACCGAGACAUCCCUGCAUGCCACCCUAAUCCAAGUGGACGAGCAGACUGGCAAGAAGGUGUACUGUGCUUUCUACUCUCGGAACACCCAGACUGAUGAAGACAACUACCCCCAACUGCAGAGGAGGAUCCUUCCCAUCCGGGCUUCCUUCAUGGUGUGGCGCCGUUACCUGGAGAACACCGAGGAGCCCAUCAUGAUCCUUCUCAACACAGAGGAUCUAGCCUCUCUGAAUAAUGACAGGCUCGCCGUACUUCUCCCCGGCCAAUGGGUCUUCUUCUUCUCUCACUUCAACUUCGACGUCAUGGAGUGGCCACCCCGCGAGGGCCAAGAGUCUCGACUGCCUCUGAGGGGUCAGCGCGCGGACACGGUCGAUCCCGAAAUGACCACGCAGCCCCUGCUGCUCUUUCCCACCGACUCGUUCCCAUUUGGCCCAACAACCACUCAAGAAGGGGAGAAUACGGCCCAGCAGGAGCCGCCGAGUGCCGAGAACAUACUGGCCCUGCUGCCCAUCGACCAAAUCAUCAACAUCUUCCUCGUCCACUUAGGUGCUGUCCAGAUGAAGGCGGUGGUUCUGCACUUCCUCCGGAGCCUGAUGCUCUGGAAGAACAACCUGGCGCUGGCUGCCACCCUCGUGCUCCUCCACCUCAGGCCACGGGCCCAGCGCCUGCUGACGCAGACCCCACUGGUGGCUCAACCCCGACUCAGGCACCCGCAGUGCCUCACUCUGGACUCGUCCAUCAUCACCCACUACAGUCUGGCCAACAGCAUCGCUCAGCUCCUCAUCCAGAGGCCGCCCCUCAUGGGUGCCAACGCCAUGCGCGGCCGAGAGCUGGCGCAGCUCUUCCUGAGCCCGGACAACUGGCAGGACUAUGUCCCGAUCCCCGAGUCCUACCGAGGGCUGCAGUGGAGCCCCAACUUCUGGCUGAUGCUGUGUGAGUUCUUUGGUGUGAGAGUCACCCCCGGAGAGGACCGCCACCCACUGCCGCGCCACCACCGCUGCCUCGAAGUGCACGUCGUUAGCGAUGACAAUGUCGUCUUGCGAGACGCCCAGCAGGGCGACCUGCAACGUUACCGUCAAGGUGGCCUGCAUGACGGCCUGCAAGACACCCCGCAGGACGAUCAGGAGCACGCUGCACGAGAAGACCCCCAAAGGGCCGCUGCUGCCCUCGCCGUCCCGCUGCACAGCCAGGCCCACCCCGCUGUCCUCGCCUUCCUGCGCAACACCCGGACGGAGGGGCGCCCGGCCCUGCUCUCUGGGAGAAUGGUGGCCAGACUUCUGGUCCGCUUCCUGAGCAUGAGGAGAAGCCAGCCUACCCCCAGCGCAGUGCAGGAAAGCCCACCACGAGGGGCAGAGCCCAGCCUGGAAGAAUCCAGUGACAGUGAUGAUGGCGCUAACAACUGA